ACACACACACACGCGCACACACACACACACGCACACACACUUCCUCAAUGUGUUGUGUUUCCAGCUGCUGCCUUCAGACAGACUCAUGAGGUGUGAGGAUCCAGUUGAAACUCAGAAUGUCAGGGAUGACGGCCAGCACGACCAACUACCUGUGGUCUCUGCAGGAUGUCCUCGGUCAGGGGGCUACUGCCAGUGUCUUCAAAGCACGGAACAAGAGGUCCGGUGAGCUGGUAGCUGUCAAGGUGUUCAACGUGAUGAGCUACAACCGCCCUCAUGAGGUCCAGAUGAGAGAGUUUGAGAUGCUGAGGAAGCUCAACCACAGCACUAUUGUCAAGCUGUAUGCUGUGGAAGAGCUGCCCUCUAAGCAGAAGGUGCUGGUGAUGGAGUAUUGCUCCGGAGGGAGUCUGCUCAGCCUGCUGGAGGAAGCUGAAAAUGCCUUUGGCCUGCCAGAAACAGAGUUCCUCACUGUGCUGCAGUGUGUAGGUGGGUGGCUGUAUCUGAUGCUGCUGAAUAGUUUCAUGUACCUGUUGUUGGAAGUAUUCCUCUCUCUGCUCUCCUCAGUGCAGGGGAUGAACCACCUGCGUGAAAAUGGAGUGGUCCACCGGGACAUCAAGCCGGGCAACAUCAUGCGGCAGGUCGGGGAGGACGGGAAGUCUGUUUACAAGCUGACAGACUUUGGAGCAGCAAGAGAGCUGGAGGAUGAUGAGAAGUUUAUGUCCAUCUAUGGGACUGAAGAGUAUUUGCAUCCAGACAUGUAUGAGCGCGCUGUGCUCCGCCAUCAUCAUCACAAAUCCUAUGGAGUGAAUGUGGACUUGUGGAGUAUUGGUGUGACAUUUUACCACGCUGCCACUGGGAGUCUUCCCUUCACACCGUUUGAAGGACCCCGCAGGAACAAGCCCACCAUGUUCAAAAUAACGACAGAGAAACCAAUGGGUGCAAUAGCUGGUGUUCAGCGUGUGGAGGGAGGACCUAUAGAGUGGAGCUAUCACCUACCUCACAGCUGCCAACUGUCCCAGGGCCUGCAGGUGCAGCUAUCUCCGGUAUUAGCAGGUAUACUGGAGGCUGACCAGGAGAGCUGUUGGGGUUUUGACCAGUUCUUCACAGCCACCACAGACAUAUUGCAGCGGCAGCCAGUUCACCUCUUCUCUCUGCAGCAGGCCAUGGCUCAUAGCAUCUACAUACACCACUACAAUACAGUGUCUGUCUUCUUUGAGGAGGUGGCAUUGCAGACUGGCAUGGGGGUUCAGCAGCAACAUCUGCUGUACCUGGGGCAUGACCUCUCUCUGGAGGGCACCAUGAAGGUCGUCAACCUCCCGCCUACCUCACCUGCCCAACCCCUCCUACUGCUCAGCUACGAGCCUGAAGCAAACAUCUGCCUGCCCUUCAGAGAACCAGAGACUCCUGUCAUCCCAUCCAGGUUUGAUGUCAUGGCAGACUACAAUUUCUCCAAGGUGAUAGUAGGAGUGGUCCACCAGUAUCUGAGGAUAAUACAGUUGCUGCACACACACCGAGAGCUUCUCCUGCAGGGAUACCACAGCUACAUGAUGAGGUUGCGCAGGGAGUGUGGAGAAUCCAUUCACAGUAUCGACAAGAUCACCAUUAGGCUGCAGUCCUGCCUCAACAUACAACACAGAAUUCAAACAAUUGACCAUCACUCUUCAGAAAACCAAGGCUCGGAUGAUCAUAGUCAAAAACUGCAGCUGGUCCACGAGCACCUGCCCAUAUACACUGCGAGCAUCCAAGAGUUCCAGAAUCGACUGGACCAGCUGCAGAUAGAACAGGCCAAGCUAGCAGAGACCCUGGCCAAUGACAAGAGCUGUCAGAAGAUGAACGUGCUGCUGCAGAAGAUAACAGCAAUUCAUCAGUAUUAUCGCAAAGACAGAGUCACUGGCAAGUUGGCGUAUAAUGACGAACAAAUACACAAGUUUGAGAAAAUCCACCUGUCUUCCCACAUUAAGCGAGUGAAAUCUCUCCUGAGAGACGACUGUGUGCAGAGAUACAAAGAGCUUCUGGCCUCAAUAAGGACGUGGAGCAGUGUUUUACAGGAGAUGCAGACCCGACUGCAAGACUUCAGCGCUUUCUCCACAGGCUUGCUGACGGAUCUGGAAAUGAGUGAAAAGCGCCAGGAUAAGGUUCUGGACAGAGUCCUUUUCAGUCUGCAGUCCAGGAGAGCAGAGCAGCCUGGAAUCACACCCAGGGACCAGAUGGUCUCCAGGAUGCACCAUCUGAAGGAGGAAAUGGAGAUUUUGGUGAGAGAACUACAGUGUAACAACAACAUCAUAGAGAGUUUGGGAGCAGUGAACCCUGCAGCAGCUCUGCAGCCGAGCUUGACCAGACCCUCUACCCUUUGACCAAAGUGCAGCAUGUUUGCAUGUGAACUCACAAAUCUCUGACCAACACCUCAUUUUCACUGUUAAUCAUGAACAGUAAAGGACAAUGUACUGAAACCUCUCUCAAGGACCAUCUGCAGUUUGUGUUGUAUGAAGAGGAAGCAACUGAAGAUAAUCAAUAAGAGGGGAAUCUCAAUUUAAGGAUAAACGAUUAAACGAUGCUUAGAAUAGAGGAAGAGGAAAUGUUAUCGACAGAUUUUUGUCUCUGUGUGUGUGUGUGUGUCUGGUUGGCAACUGAGUACAGCAGUUCAAUACAAAUCCCAUUAAUUCCUUUUAGUACUAUUGAAUUUCUAAUAGGCUGCCACAGUAAUGGACUGUCAGAGAAAUUUAAAAAAAAGCCAAGAGUGUUUUUCAAAGGCUGUGUCUCUUUUGAUAUCCCGCAGAAGAAGCACGGUGGAGAACCUUUAACAAAAAAAUGUAACCAGACUGACUCUCUCUCUCUGUGUCUGUGUGUGUGUGUGUGUGUGUGUGUGCGUGUGCGUGUGUGUGUGUGUCAAAGGAAGGGCUGGAGUCGUCUGGUGUUUCUCUCCUGAUGAUUGAUCAGUGCAUGUGACUUUGUUUCUCGAUCUUCUUCAAUCAUUGUGAAUUCAAUGAAUGAGCAACCAUUGAUCACAUCAGUGAUUGUGAGUAGAGUAGUAGUCUCUAGAUCUGGUGUUAAAUUCGUCUCUGUUCCUGAUCAAAGAUAAAUUCUCUCUCUUUCAUCAUCGGGUUUCACAUAAAUAGAAAAUAAAUGAGAUCAGGGAAA